AUGCAACUAGCGUUUCUGGACUUUGAAGCUGCGUUCGACUCUCCUCACCGAGGCUGUCUUCUCAACACACUUCGCGCCGAUGGAGUACCAGGAAAGUUCUUUUGCUUGCUUGAUGACAUGAAUCAACGAACAACUGCUGCAGUUCGAACAGCAGUCGGAUGUACAACACCGUUUAAAGUGGUAAGUGGAGUAAGACAGGGGGCAGUGGCAAGACCCUUCCAGUUCAAUUUCACCAUCCACGACAUUAUGCGAAGAACAGUCGACCGGUGUCCUGCCGACAUUGUCUUAGCACCAUCAGGGUGCCCCUUGGCUGACCUCGAGUACGCCGACGAUGUUGUUAUAUUCGCGGAAAGCAGUACGAAACUUCAACAUGUUGUCAACCUUGUAUCGAAGCUGGCUGCAGCCUACGGACUACGCCUACGCCCUGAUAAAUGCAAGCAGAUGUGGAUCUCUUCGAGACCUCGAACAGGAGAGAGAUGUUCAGCAAAGAUGCGCUCAGGCCACUUCUGCAUUUAA